AGCAACCCUAAGAACAAGCAUUCUUUAAAAAAAAAAAAAAAAGACAUUUUUUUCUUGUUAUUUUACUUUUUUUAGUUGCACUACCUGCAAAAUGAACUGCGUUUAAAAAAAAAAAAUCUAUUUCUGGAGACAAUGCAUCUUGAUGACUUUUACAUAUGUUUUCUUUAUUUUUUUUUAUCAUCCUUGAAGAACAGCCCUAAAAAUAUAAGUUUCAAGGCAUCUACUGCAACCAGUGCUUUGGAUGGCAGCAAUCCAACUCAGGAAAAGAAACGCCCCCAACUUGAUGUUUUGACUCUGCUGUCUGGACUCGCAAGGCUUGGACCCACCCUAAAGCCUGUGGCCCUGAAGACGUGGGCUUUCGGAUAGCCCAUGUGCAGGCGCUGCACCCCCACACCUAUCCAGGAAAACUAAGGACUUCUGGCGCGGUUGUUGCCAAUCUGACCGUUCUCUACAAGGCGGGGCUGGGAAAGAAGCCAAGGGAGCUUGGAGAAGCGUCCUGAGUUGCCAUGGAAACAAAGCCCGGCGGCAGAGGUCACCCUGGCCUAAAGGAGUCCGUUGAAAUUUGCCCUCAGGGAUUACUGGUGUUCACGGGGUCUUCAGAACAGGACUCCAACUUGGCCAAGCAGUUCUGGGUGGCCGCGUCGAUGUAUCCCACCAACGAAUCUCAGUUGGUGCUGUCCAGAGGUAGCAGUCAGCGUCUGCCGGUGGCCAGGGCCUCCAGGGGCGGUGCAACUGAGAGUCCAGACAUCACUGCUGAAACCCUAAAGACUCAGCAAUCUGAGGACAAAGAAAAGUAUCUCCAAAAGAAUACAUAUGACAGAACUGAGAAUGGAUUGGAAGUGGCCAGAGCGGAAGUGGACGAACCAGAGUGGAAGCCAUUGCUAUCAUCCUGCUGGGAGGUGAUGGCUAAAAGGAGAGAUGAGAUUCUCCAACUCUUAAGAAAACAAAGAGAAGAAAGGAUCUCGAAAGAGCUGGUUUCCCUUCCUUACAAGCCAAAGGCCAAAGGACACAAAGCAAAGAAAGUGAUACCAGAGUCAGACAAGGAAGACCAACAGGAGGUCAAAGCCUUGGACUAACUUGAUGGACAAAUGGGAGAGGAUGGCUCAUGUAGAUCUUUACUUUUGAAACAACCUCUUCAGUCAGGAUCAUUAGGAUCACCUUGUUAAGAUAGACAAAGAAAUAAAAGUUAAAUGCGCAGGCUUCUAGGGAUGUUACCAGUUAUUGAAAGCUUGUGUCUGUUUUACUUGGUGGCUCCUACUGUGUUUGGCAUUACACGAUCAUCUCUCCCAUCUUACACUUCUCUAACUCCUAUGUAUCUUGUUCUCAUCUGAAGGGUAUAUCCGGAACUGCCAGAUUUGAUUCUGUAUUAUGAAUAUCAGAUAAACAAGAAACAGGGGCUUCACAUGCCCCAACCUGAGACCAUUAGUAAAAACCAUAAGGACAUGGGGAUGAAAGGGCCUUCCUGAAAACCUUAAAGUCUUCUUGCUGUAAAAAAUACA